AUGGGACGCAACGAUCUCACUGCACUUCUUCAUCCCAUCCUCUGGUUGCUGGUGAGCAGUGUAACCAACGGCGCUGAAGGUGAUAUCCAUUGCUUACAGAGCAUUCGUGCAUCCCUGCAUGACCCCAACAGCUACCUAAAUGUGUGGAAAUUUGGUGAUCAUCCCGAUGGGUACAUCUGCAAGUUUCCUGGUGUAGAAUGCUGGCACCCUAACGAGAACAAGGUGCUCAGCCUACGGCUUUCUGGCAUGGGUCUCCAGGGCUCAUUCCCCUCAGGCAUUGAGAACUGCACCAGCUUGACCGGAUUGGACCUCUCAAACAAUAACCUCUCGGGGCCCAUUCCUCUGGAUAUCUCCCGCAAGAUAAAGUUUGUGACGAUGCUCGAUCUGUCAUAUAAUAGCUUCUCCGGGGAAAUUCCAGUGGGGCUGGCAAACUGCUCCUACCUCAAUGUCCUCGAUCUCCAACAUAACCAACUGAGCGGCGGCAUUCCUCAGGCGCUGGGCCAGCUCAUUCGACUCAACUCUUUGAAUGUUGCUGACAACUUGUUGACAGGGGUAGUCCCUCCAUUUGCCAAUCCUAGCGUCACCCUAAACCUUGAGAAUAACCCUGGUCUCUGUUCGAGAGGUUCCUCGGGUCCAUGCAAAGGAAAGGAAAAUACUAAUGUGGGAGUUAUCAUCGGUCCCGCCGCUGGUGGGCUGUUAUUGACCGCCAUAGUUGUUGCUGCUAUUCUAUUUCUCCGUGUACGAAGAGCAAAAUCACCCAAGAGGAGAACAGAUGAUGGGAACAGAUGGGCGAAGAGCUUCAAAGGAACCAAAAACAUCCAGGCAAGACGAUUUUAUUUUUAUCCGAUUAUUUAACAAGUUUCUUGACUGAAUGAUACUGUGUUCUUGGUUUUUUAUUUUUACGUGGAAUUGGAAACCCACCCCACCUUAACAGAUGCUGCGUCGUCCAGGUAUUUAUGUUCGAGAAGUCCAUCUCGAAAAUGAAGCUGAGUGAUCUGAUGGGAGCCACCAAUGACUUCAGUGACGAGACAAUCAUCGUCUCCAGCGGAACGGGGACAGUGUACAGGGCAACCCUUCCCGACGGUUCCCGCCUAGCUGUGAAGAGGCUUCGGGAUUCUCAACAUUCGGAGAAGCAGUUUCAGUCGGAAAUGGCAACACUUGGCAGCAUGAGGCACAAUAACCUUGUUCCCCUCCUCGGCUUUUGCAUUGCCAAGAGAGAGAGACUGGUGGUGUACAAACACAUGGCGAACGGGACUCUAUACAAUCGGUUGCAUGAUGAUGAUCCUGAGGGACAAGGUAUGGAGUGGCCGCACCGUCUGAGGAUCGGCAUCGGGGCAGCUAGAGGCCUAGCAUGGCUUCAUCACAAUUGCAAUCCCCGGGUACUUCACCGCAACAUAAGCUCAAAGUGCAUUCUAUUGGACGAGGAUUAUGAACCCAAGAUAUCUGAUUUUGGUCUCGCGAGGCUGAUGAAUCCAGUCGACACACAUCUCAGUACUUUUGUCAACGCUGGAUUCGGCGAACUGGGUUACAUCGCCCCCGAGUAUGUACGGACACUGAGGGCCACUCCGAAGGGCGACGUCUUCAGCUUUGGGGUGGUCCUCAUCGAGCUGGUCACCAGUGAGAGACCAACUCAUGUGGCCAGUGCUCCAGGAGGCUUCAAUGGGACCUUGGUGGAAUGGAUUAGCCAUCUUUCAUGCAAUUCCCUUCUGCAGGACGCGAUUGACAAGUCUUUGGUGGGAAAGGGCUGCGACGAGGAGCUUUUCCAAUUCCUGAAGAUCGCAUGCUCGUGUGUUCUGCCUGAUCCUAAAGAGAGGCCCACCAUGUUUGAAGUGUUCCAGUUUCUGAGAGUUAUUGGGGAGAGAUAUCAUUUUACAGCAGAAGAUGACUUAGGUUUGCUCCAAGGGAGCGACGCCAAUUAUCCAGAUGAACUGAUUGUAGCCCAAUAA